AUGGAUUUAUCUUGUGGAGAGAAUCUACAAAAUUCUGGACAUAACAGCAACUCUAGCGGGAGGACAGUAGACAUGUGCGUCGCUGGGCCUGACAGAGCCCUGGAUCGUGAUCCAAGACUUUUGCUGAACCUUCUGACUCUUGAGAGGGUCCAUGCACUACACACAGAUUAUUUUCAACAUGUACAAAUUGAUAUACAACCUUUUAUGCGAAAGGUCGUCACCACUUGGAUGCUGGAGGUCUGCGAAGAACAACAGUGCGAAGAACAGGUGUUUCCUCUGGCCGUGAGCUACAUGGACAGGUUCUUGGCACAGCGCGCUAUCUCACGGCAGCAGUUGCAAUUGUUAGCUGUGACUGCGUUACUGCUGGCCUCCAAAUUCCGCCAAUGUCAUCCGUUGUCAGUGGACCUCCUGUGCGCGUAUACUGACAACUCAGUAUAUCCACAUGAAGUCAGGCAAUGGGAAGUGAUGCUGCUUCAGCGACUGAACUGGCAGUUAUCAAUAGCGACCGCCUUCGACUUCGUGGAACCUCUUUUAGCUCGAGUGCCAUGGGGUCGGUCUAACCCACUAGUACGGACUCACGCGCUUACACUUACAUCAGUCUGUUAUACAGAAACCGAGUUCCUGUUAGUGCCACCGUCGUUGAUCGCCGUGGCGUGUAUAACGGCAGCGGCGCGGGGGCUGCGUGUGCGCAUGACCAUAAACGAUCUAUGCACCCUCACUCGGACGCCUGCAGCGGCCGCCGAGCUAGUCGCGAGGCACGUUGAGCGAGUGCUCGCGAGAGAAACCCAGCCACAAGAGCCGAGGAGCAGACACGUUCAACCAGUGAAGCAAGCGACGCCAGAACAAACACAGCUCCCAGACACGCCAACAGACGUUCAAGACGUACGCUUU